GCCCGCAGUCGCCGUCCCGCCGCCGACGCGUGCGCACCUCGCAGUCCGUGUGUGUGUGUGAUGUACUAGUGUUGUAGUGUGUGACAACAUGCAGGGCCGGGAUAAGUUGUGUGCCAAGCUCACGAGCGCCUUUCUUAGGAAGUGGUGGUUCGUGCUCGCGUCAGCAAUAGUGCUGCUGCUGGCCGGCAUCAUCUGCGCCAUAUUCUUCGGCACCUGGGUCCGGCUGUUCAUAGACCAUGAGUUGGUCCUCCGGCCGGGCUCCAUGACGUUCGAGUGGUGGGCGAGGCCCCCCGUGCGGCCCUUCGUCAAAGUCUACGUCUACAACGUGACCAACGCGGACGAGUUCCUCAACAACGGCAGCAAGCCCGUGCUGGACGAAUUGGGACCUUAUAUAUACUCACAAGAAUGGGAGAAAGUGAACAUCACCGACAACGAGAAUGGAACCCUGUCGUUCCACUACAAGAGGACGUACACGUACCGACCAGACCUCAGCGGGCGGUCGGACGACGACGCUGUAGUCGUGCCCAAUAUACCUAUGCUGAGCGCCACAUCGCAGUCGAAGCACGCCGCGCGCUUCCUCCGGCUUGCCAUGGCGUCCAUCAUGGACAUCCUGAAGAUCAAGCCGUUCGUGGAGGUGUCGGUGGGGCAGCUGCUCUGGGGCUACGAGGACCCGCUCCUCAAACUGGCCAAGGACGUGGUGCCGAAGGAACAGAAACUGCCGUAUGAGGAGUUCGGCUUGUUCUAUGGGAAAAACGGCACCUCCUCCGACGUGGUCACCAUGUUCUCCGGUUACGAAGACAUGAAGACUUACGGCAUCUUCGAGCGCUACAACUCGCGCGACAAGCUGCCUCACUGGACGACAGACCAGUGCAACAGCAUAGCCGGCUCUGAUGGGUCCAUCUUCCCGCCUCACAUCACGAGGAACGACACGCUGAAGGUGUAUGAUAAGGAUCUAUGUCGGCUGCUGCCUCUAGAAUACCUCCGCGACGUGGAGUCGGCCGCUGGCGUCCCAGGUUACCGCUUCACCCCGCCCCUCGACGUGUUCGCCGCUGAUGCCCACAACCGGUGUUUCUGUCCCGCUGGACCGCCGUGCGCGCCCUCUGGCUUGUUCAACGUGUCUCUGUGCCAAUAUGAUUCCCCGAUCAUGCUGUCGUUCCCGCACUUCUACCUGGCGGACGAGAGCCUCCGCGAGGCCGUCGAGGGCAUCUCGCCGCCCGAAGCGGAGAAGCAUAGGCUCUACAUCGAUGUGCAGCCUGAGAUGGGCAUAGCGAUGAGCGCCCGCGCCCGCAUCCAGAUCAACCUGGCCGUGUCGCAGGUCGUCGAUAUCAAGCAGGUCGCCAACUUCCCCGACAUCGUGUUCCCCAUCCUGUGGUUCGAGGAGGGUAUCGACGAGCUGCCCGAGCAAGUGUCGUCGCUGCUCCGACUGGCCACGAAGGCGCCGCCGAUCGCUCGCGCCGCGCUGGGCUGGGGGCUGUCCGCGCUCGGAGUGCUACUGUUGCUACUCGCCGUCACCUGCCUCAUACGAUCAUCUCACCGCCAAAGCACGCUACGGCUGGAAGGUCACGCCGUGGCCAAACCCCCGCCCGCCAAAGUGCCCAGCAAAGACAACGGGUACGAACUCAACAACCGAAGAUAACUCCCGCGCCGCUAGACAAUCACUCGAGACGGUCAGAGAUGGCGCUAAUGCGCGGCAGUAGUGUCGGGUAUACUGUAAUAGAUGGCGCCACUGUCUAUCAAAAAUAUUCUAAAACUUGUACUACGAAAAUUGAAGAUUGAAGUUCGUUUAUCUGUAUCACUGUUGCUCUUGCACUAAUCGAGUCCAAGUGAAUGAGAUGGCGAUAUAUGAAAUUAGAUCUUCAGAUCUCGUGGUAAUGCUUCUGAAACUUAAAUCAAACAGGUAAGUUAGGAAUGAGUCUUCAAAGAUUUUUAUUUUGAUCGUUACCUUAACAUGGCUCAGUGCCGCCACCUAUUUCAAAGUUAUUUUUUCUAAUAGGAAAAGAACUGAAUCUCAUACGUAUCUUUAAGAGACAUUGGACGUCUCGAGUGUAAAAUAGAUUUAUUAAAUCCCAAAACAAAUUAAACAUCAGAAACAGUCUGGAUAAAUUAUUUAAAACGUUGACAAGAAUAUUUAAGCUCGCAGGAACGAUUGGAAGGAAUUAUUU